AUGAAAAAUUUCUCUGAAGUAACAUCUUUCCAUCUGUCUGAUUACUAUGGAAUGGAGGACCUGAAGCCAGUUUACUUCUGCAUGUUCCUGAUUAUAUAUAUAACUAUUGUAGUUGAAAAUGUUGUGUUAAUCAGAGUGGUCUAUUGUGAAAAAACCCUGCAUGAGCCAAUGUAUUUGUUGCUGUGUAACCUGGCUUUGAAUGGUUUGUAUGGAAGCACUGCCUUGCUGCCCGCAUUACUUGGCAAUAUUCUGUCACACUCAUAUGAGAUAUCACUACCGUUGUGUCAGGCACAGAUCUAUGCUAUACACACAUAUGCCAUCACUGAAUUCACAAUUCUAGCAGUGAUGAGUUAUGACAGAUAUGUGGCUAUUUGUUACCCACUGCCAUAUCAUGCAAUCAUGUCCCAGAGACUUGUUAAACUCAUUACUUUCAUGUGGCUUUACCCCAUGCUGGCAUUUUUAAUUGUUCUCAUUUUCACUCUUAACCUACGCUUUUGUGAGAGAACCAUAGAAAAGACAUACUGUAUGAAUUACUUACUGGUGAAACUUGCUUGUACAGAUACAUCUAUAGUUAACAUAAUUGGCCUAUUAUCUGUAGGUCUAUACACGCUUCCACAGCUUGUCAUGAUCUUUUAUUCAUAUGCACACAUCCUAAGGAUAUGUGUAUUGUCUUUCAGCAAAUCCAACCUCAAAGCUCUCCGGACUUGCACCCCCCACCUUUUAGCAAUUAUUAAUUACUCUUUUGGGUGCUUUUUUGAAAUAGCGCUGAGUCGAUUCAAUGUUAGUUACCUGCUUUAUGAAGUCAAGUUGUUUUUAUCUCUGUACUUUUUGAUAUUUCCACCCAUCCUUAACCCAGUAAUCUAUGGUAUGAGUAUCCAAAUCAUAAGAGUCCACCUGUUCAAGUUUUUCAGCAGAAAAAACAGGCAAGUACAAAUGAUGUAG